AUGAGAUUUGUAAAGAGCUUAGGAACCAUAGUAAGUAUACUAGCUCUUGUUAGUGCUCAUCCAACCGAACAUGCGGAUACAAUAGAUCUCAAUACAGACUUUUCACUCGUUGAUCUGGUGAAAGGCAAGGAAAUCCCAUCCACCUGGACGCUGGGUGAUUCGUCUGUGUUGGAAGAAGGAAGAAUCAGAUUGACACCAGAUCAAAAGAGUAAGGGAUCGCUAUGGGGGAAGAAUACCUAUCAGUUAAAAGACUCUUUCUCCCUAGAGUGGACUUUCAGAAGCGUCAAUUAUGACGGUGUAAGCAAAGGUGGACUUUCUUUUUGGUUUUUAUCUUCUUCAGACUCGAAACUUCCCCUUGAAAAAAGUUUUUAUAAUGGGCCUUCGAAGUUUGAUGGUUUACAACUUUUAGUGGACAAUAACGGGCCUCUAGGUCCUACAUUGAGGGCUCAGUUCAAUGAUGGUGUACAGACUUUCACAGACGACAAUGUUUAUGAUAACACGUUUGCUUCCUGUCUGCUGGGAUAUCAGGAUUCUUCUGUUCCUUUAACAGUUCGUCUAACUUAUGACAGAAAUUACAAUAAUUUUUUGAAGGUUCAGAUUGACAAUCGCGUUUGUUUUCAGACUAGAAAGGCUAAGCUGCCCGCAGGUAAUUAUUUUGUUGGUGCCACAGCUGAUAAUAGCGACACUGAUGAAUCUUUCGAAAUUUUAAAGGUCCAAAUGUAUGACGCUGCUACCGAAGUAUCAUUGAUCCCUAAUGUGAAUCCCCAGCCGCAACCUAAGGUUUUGACAAAGAUCAUCGAUGAGGCUACAGGCGAAACAAGCUUACUCGAAAAAGACGUUUAUGAUGCCCAACAUGAUAAAGUUUCCAACUUUGAGAUCUAUAAGAAACUGGAUAAAGUUGAAGGUAAAAUUUUGGCCAACGAUAUUCAUUCUUUAAAAGUCCAACUGGAGGAGAUUUCUAAAUCCCAGGCAGAGACAAUAAAGCUAGUGGCACAAUUAAGCCAAGCUCUACAAAAUGUAGGUACCCAAUCAGCCCCAACGAAGGAUGAAGAUAACAAGGAUUAUAAGAACUUUUUCGCAGUUAAUGAAAAACUGGAGAAAAUGUUAGAGGAAGCUAAGAAACUCAGAGAAUCGUCUAGUCAUUCUGGUUAUGCAGGACCUCAUGUUGAUGAAAUUGCAAAAAAAUUAGCUAUUUGGAUUGUUCCCUUGAUAAUAAUCAUGCUAAUCAUGGCAUAUUACACAUUCAGAAUCAGACAAGAAAUUGUGAAAACAAAAUUACUGUAA